AAGUGCCCAGUGAACACUGGAAAUUAGUUGAUUUGAAAGCACAUGAAAAACACAAGGUUCGUCUAAUAUUGGUAAUUAAAAAUGAUGAUGAACAAGUGGAAAAUUUAAAGCGUCAGUUUGAUUAUGUAAGUGAUCCAUUACACCCGAAGUAUGGUCAACAUAUGACAUAUGAUGAAAUACAUCAACAAGUACUAAACAAAACGAUAGAAAAUGGUCAGAUUGUUGAAAAUUGGUUAAAAAAAGAACAAAAUGGUGAUGAUCUCCGUGUAACAUCUACCGCCUAUAAAGAAUUUCUUGUUGUCGAAACACCAGUACACGUGGUUAACCGUUUAUUUGAAACUACAUUAAGUACAUAUCAGCAUCAAACUAAAAGACAAAUAACACUGAAAGCUAAACAGUUUCAAUUACCAAAAGUCAUUGAUGAUAAAAUCGAUCAUAUUGUAGGUCUUAGCCAAUUUCCACUAGUGCGUGAUCGAAGGCUUCGCUCGAUCCUACAACAACAGCUAGCCAGAAAAAGACGAUCGAACGCUCCACAGCUUUUGUUUCUUGACAAUGACGGAACACAGUUUAUAUUUGAGGUACAACUGAUUUGUUUUAAUCGUAGAAAUGCAUCGAAUGCUAUAUGUGGCCGCUUCCAGUCAUUCCAAAUAGUUUUACAAAAUCUAUUAACAUCAACUAAACCGUUGAUUCUAACUGUGACACGAACUGACGCUAACUGUGCGGUAUGUAGCGAAGCGACGGGUUCCAUUUCGGCUUCAUGUGAUGCAUACGAUUUGAAUGAUGACAGUGUAUUAUGUCGAUUUUUUGUGGAUGCUGUUGGUGGUUUAUUUCACCCGUAUAAUGUUACUCUUCGUUCAGAGUUCAUUAUCGGAGGAAAACAAAUGUUUUCUGACUAUACUAUUCAACCAUUUGAACAAAUACCAGAUACGACACCAAAUUUGUUGGUACACUUAUACAAUGUGAAUACCAGUAAUUCAAAAGAACGUGAUCCACGUAAUAGGCAAGCGGUUCUCGGUUUUAAUAGUUAUUAUAAUCGAGCAUCAUUCAAAUUCUUUGCUAAACAUAGAGGGAAAAACUAUAAUGUAAGAAUUGGAAAAGUUUAUGGUACGGAUUAUUCAAAUAAAUCAUUGGAUGAAGCUGAAACAUCACUAGACAUAGAAUAUAUGGCUGCCAUGGGUUCCGGAAUUUUAACUGAUUACUUUUACCCACCACCAACGUCCGAAGAUGGAUUCAUAGAAUUUUUUGCUCAAUUAGCACAACUUGAGAAGAAUAAAACAAACGUUGUACCCUUAGUCUAUUCCAUUAGUUAUGGUGGGAGUACUAGAUCCGUUAGAAAAAAAUUACUUCACAAUAUUGAUGUUAACUUUAUGAAAAUGGGUUUAUCAGGCAAAACGGUAUUUGUUAGUUCCGGUGAUGAUGGUGUAUCGACUGACGAUGGUGUUUGCAGACAAGAGUUUCUGCCUGAUUAUCCAACAUCAUCAUCGUAUGUAACAAGUGUCGGUGGUACACAAUUAGUUCCGAGUAAAACAAAUUGUCGAUACAUUCCAGAAGCACCUAAUCGAUGUUUAGAAGAAAUUGUUGCUUACACUAAUCUCCUAACAGGAUGUGCGAUUACGUCUGGUGGUGGUUUUUCUGACUAUGAUUCGGCACCAUCAUAUCAAAAGAAAGCCGUUCAAAGUUAUUUAAGUUCAGCUGGGAAACGGUUGCCACCAUCAAAAUCUUUUAACCGAAGCAAUCGUGCAUAUCCUGACAUUUCUCUUCUUGCAAAUAAUUAUGCCGUAGUACUUCAGGGCAAUGUUGAUAAAAACGGCUUUGAUGGAACAUCUGCUAGUAGUCCAGCCGUUGCUGGUCUAUUCAGUACGAUUAAUGAUCAACGAUUGAAACUUGGUAUGAAACCAUUGGGUUUUUUGAAUCCAUUACUUUAUCAACUGGCUGAAAAACAGCCAAAUGCAUUUUAUGAUAUAAUAACAGGUGAAAAUAACUGCAAUAAGAAAACAUGCUGCUCAUAUGGUUUCAAAGCACAAAAAGGUUAUGAUCCUGUUACUGGUCUGGGAACAAUUAAUCAUGGUUUAUUUAUGAAAUUACUUACGCAGAAAUAA